AUGGGAGUCAUUGAAUGUUUUGUGUUUUACGCGAUGAUUACUGUAAUUUUCAUGCAAUCGCUGUUUGUGAAUUGUUGCAAGAAGAAGAGGUAAGUCCGUAGUGUUAUUAUUGGUAUUUUUUGAUUUGAAGUUGGUUUUUUAAACAAAGUUAUUGCGGUUUUCUUUGAAAUACAGUUAUUGCUUCAGUUUUUUGAAGAAUAUUACUGUUUUAAUGCCAUUUUUGGUUGAUAUUGAUGUGAUUUUGAUUCCAAAUAUUAUCUUAAUAGUAUUAUCUAAUUAUUGUGAUUAUUAUCUUGUCCAUUUCGACCAGUAUUAUCACGUUUUUAGAACAAAAACGACAGCUGUAAACCAAGCCAAUAACAUCAACAACAGUAACGUCACAUCUUUGCAGAGACCUUUUAAAUUUGAGGUAGGUGAUAAUCUUAAUAUGAUAGAAAGACUUUGAGUUUCAAGUUUAACCGAUUGAUAAUGAUAAGAAACAGCAUGGGCUUUCUUUUCAGGCCAAAAGCUGAAGUUUUAGGCUUGGCCGUAGACCUUUCGAGGCUUUUUUAAAAUCUUUUUGGCCGUUUUUAAUGCUUAUAGCUUGAACCUUGUAUUAAAAGGUCUAGUGAUUAGCUUUUAGGUAACUAAGCUAAGCAAAGUGAUAAGCUUAUCAUUAGCUUAUCUAAAACGGCCUUAUUAUAAUGUUGUCUUUAGCUUAACAUAUGCUAAUAAUAACCUUAAAAUUAGUGUAUCAAAACCUAAUAAAAACCUAUAUUUAGUCCAAUCAAAACCUAUUUUUUCAGCCCAGCUCCACAACAGACAGCACCAAAGAUCACGUCGCCAGACCCUCUCAAAUGACUCAACUAAUAAAGAAGACCAACUCACACUCAUCAAAACCAAAGCCAUUGCUCAAAGUGGACGCAACUCAACACUCCGAAUGUCCACCGACCAGCGAGCUCUCACGCUACAACAGUGAUCAUACGAAACAGUGCACAGAUCAGGCCUGCAUCAAACAACAACAUAAAAAGGUCGGAACUGGCAAAACCGCAGAGAAAGCGGCCAAGUCUCCCAUACAGGAGGACUCUUUCGCGCAACAUCGACCCAAAGUGGCGGUAGCCAAACGCACACCGGUUAUUAUAGAACGACGAGCCGUGAGCAGAGAACGAGAUGACUACAAGACCUUCAGAAGCGGCCUACCUUCCAGUGAUUUCGAGGAUUCGGUUUGA